AUGGAGGAAGUAUGGAAACGUUGUGCUUAUCUUUACACAUUGGAAAGUUUCCUGUACAAAACAUUGAAUGCAGCGAUGAGAUUAGUAGGAGACAAAGAACAUGAACAAGUAUGGCGAAGUAAAGUCCGUACAUUAGGUCCAUUUUGUUUAUUACUCUGGGAUGAUCCAUUUAAUCAAAAAGUGACCGUCAAAAAGACACUUUAUCGAGGAGCCGAAUUGACGAAGGAACAGAUCGCUGUUUAUGAAGAAAUGGCCAAAGAUGACAGAGCAUUUGGAUCAUUUCAAGCGUAUACAUCUUGUAGUCGUAAUCGUAAAAAAGCAGAAGAAUUCGGAAAUACAUUAUUCAUCAUGGAAGUAAUGUAUGCCUUUAUUGCCGAUCUUAGUCCAUUAUCCGAGUAUUCCGAAGAAGAAGAAGAACUUAUUACACCAGGUGUUUGUUUUCGGGUUAAAAGCGUUGAAAUCAAUUGCGAGACAAAGAAACAUUUGAUCCACUUGCUACUACAACAACGAUUUUCACGUAAGCAAGAAAAAUGUUGUUCUAAUCACUUUUAUAAUAUGAGAAUACCAUUUCAUAAAAUUCUAUUCUCAUUGCAUAUGUCACAUAAAGAUUACAGUAAUUGGCAAAAGUAA